AUGGCACCCGCUACCACGUGGCCAUUGCAGCUGAUUGUCAUUGGGUCGAUGCUGGGGCUGGUAAGCCAAGUCACCUUCAUCGCAAGCCAGCCAAAGAUGCCGGACCGGACUGCUUCGGCCUUGCGACGAGCACAGGAGAGUGCGGAGACCGAUGGCCCGUCGGACAUCGCGAGACUGGAGGACGUGGUCGAGGCGCUGCGCAAGGAGUCCUUGGAGGCCUGGGGGUCUCGCAAGAGAGGCGUGUCUGUCUGCUUCGGACAAUGA